AGUCAGAAACAACAAUAAAAAUAACUGAAACAGCGUAAAAUCAAAGGAAGAGAGAUCUAAAAUAUCACAAGAUGAUUAAUGUAAGAAAAUAGUAGUCAACGGAAGGUGAUGCAGUUGAUUCGGUGUUCCAAAAAUAACCAAAACGAAAACAAGAAUUUAAUUAAAAAAAAACUUUUUUUUGUUAAUUAAUAUUUUUAGUGUUUCAAUUUUCUUUUGCAUUUUCACGUUCAUGCAUUGCUCGCCUUCGUCGUCCUUGGAAGGGACGACGACAAGGACGACAACGGAUCCGUCUACCACUUAAAUAACAAAUUUUAUAGAAAUAGUUUUGUCAAAAAGAAAAACAAUGUCUUUUCUUGCACCUUGUCAAAUUUUGGAGCUGAAUAUUAUUUCCGCUCAAGAAUUGGCACCAGUGGCACGGUGUAUGAAAACAUACGCAACAGCUUGGAUUGACCCUGAGUGUAAACUAACGACUCGGGUAGACAAUACGGGCGGAACAAGCCCUACAUGGAACGACAAGUUUGUGUUCCGUCUAGACGAGGAAGCCCUCUACGAUGGAACAUCAAUAGUUGUUAUAGAAAUCUACGCGUUGCAUUGGUUCAAAGAUAUUCACGUUGGAACGGUACAAGCUUUGAUCAGCGAUCUCGUGGACCCUUCUUCCGCGAUGAGAUUUGUUACCCUCGAGGUUCUUCGUGCCUCAGGACGCCCUCACGGCCUCCUAAACAUCGCCGUAGGGCUCGUCGAUAACUCCGGCCAAAGCAUGCCUCUUCUGUUUGAAGAAGAUUUGAUGUUUCACAAGAAAAAAAUAAUAUCUUCUAAACCAGUCGGUCUUCGACGGUCCAAAAGUGAUACAAGCUCGAUGGUGGAAUCACCAAGGAAGAAGGUGACGACACAACAAACCCGUGUGAGUUCUACUACAAACUCAGGUUUCGAGAAAGAUGACUUCUCAUCUGAUUCUCAAAUGGUUGUGUAUAAACCACCACAGAGAAAAACUCCAAAUAAUAACAUGUUGAGGCAAACGAAGCAUAACGUGUAUGGGACACCAAUGAGACCAAAGAACACGAAUGCGUAUACUCCCAAAAGGAAGAAUAUUGAACAUGGAACACCAAUGAGGUCGAGACCGGUUGUGAUUACAGAGUCUGAUUUGGGUCCUUCAGCCUCGGUGGUUGCCGCUCAAAUUGCAAAGGAGAAGGCUCUGGCAGGGAGAGAUGCGGAGAGUACUGUGAUAAGUGUUGGCGAACGAAGCGUUGAGGGUCUUCGUUCUAAGCUAGAAAGGUGGCAAGCGAAUUUACCAGUCGUUUUAGACGUUGGUUCAAGUUAUCAACCAAGUUCUGACUACAAAACAAGUUCUAACUUCAACCCUAAAUCGAGUUACAAGCCCAACGAAGCCGUCCUGCGAAAUCAACAGAUGAUUGUAGCUCCUCCUCAAAAGCAAAAGCAAAAGCAAGGUGGGACGAAAAAGAAAGGAGGUGAUAGCGGAUUGUUUUCAUGUUUUGGUAACAUUUGUGGCAUCGAGUGUUCUAUUGUUUGUGGUGGUUCCAGUGCACAAAAACCAUCCAAGAAGAAUAAAAAAUAAGAAAUGAAAAAUUCCAAUCCACAUUCUUUCCUUUUUUGAGCGGAAAUCAAACCAUGUUCAUCUGAAUAAUGAUUCGCUCCCUGUGUCUAAAUCUCAAGCUUAUCGAUUUUGCAACUUAAUAAUCAAUUGUAUAAUAGGAUGACAUGGAAGAAGGUACAUUCUCUUAUUGAAUUUAGUUAAGUUGGAUUAAUUCUUCUAA